UCAAAAGAAUUUGAAAUUUUCGUUUAUUUUCAAUGAAAAGAGUUCGCUUGCUCUAAAUCAAUCGUCGUCUGUCUCGUUUUUAAGCCUUGGGGAAGUGGCAAAAAACAGAGUCUUGGGUGAGGCCGAGACCCAAUUCUAGAGGAGGAGGCCAGAGAGAAGCAGAGCCUCACGAGGGAGGAACGGUCGGGAGUUCGCUUCGAAUCUUUUCUUUUCGAAUCGCGAGUGAUCAGCAAUUGGGGAAACUUCGAGGAUUCUCUUCCGAGUGUCGGAUUUUUCGAGUCAAACGAGGAAGAAGUCGAACCAGGAUCGAGAAACGUAGGAUUUAUGUCGUCUGGGUUUGAUCUGGUCACCGGAGCUCUGACGCAGCUCUGUUUCUCUGCUCUGCUUCUCUGGUCAGUGGCACGCACGCCCAACUUGUUCUCCGCCUGGUGCAUGCAACAUCGGUCGCUUGAUCGGAGCGCGACACCGUGUGAUCCCGCCUUGUUCCAUGCGAUUGAAGACGAAACGGGCUUGCCUUGGAUCAGAGUAUUCUGGGGCUUAUUGUCGAACAGGCAGAAGUUUGAUUUUGAUUCUGGGAACUUGGUGUCACUGGGUUUGGAGUUGAAACUUCGAUAGUCGAAAGAACUCGAGAUAUUGUUUAUUUCUGCUUUUCUUGUUUGUAUUUGUCGGGGUGAAGUUGGUUCAUUGCCCAUUAAAUCUUUCAGGCAAGUGAAGAUGCCUGGUAUUGAUGGGAGAUUGUGGCACCCUAUCACGAGUUGCACAGAAGUUAAGGAGAAGCGGCCGAGCAAUGAGAAAAACCUCGAGCACGUGAGGAGAAUCCGUGUCAUGUACAGUGACCCUGAUGCGACUGAUUCUUCGAGCAGCGAUGACGAGGGCAUGUACAUUGUUGACAGGAGCGUGUUUAAGCAGAAUAAGCUGGUCGUCAAGGAGAUAGUGAUUCCUGUCAACACACACAAGUCCCGUGCAAAUACUGGUGGCCGGAAGUAUAUUAGCAUAAACAAGAAGUUUGGUUGCGCUAUUUCUGCAUGUCCAGAAAAGAAGAACCCACCACCUCCUUUGGAAUAUAGAGGAGUGAGGCGGAGGCCUUGGGGAAGAUAUGCAGCCGAGAUUCGAGACCCUAUCAGGAAAGUUCGCAUGUGGCUCGGGACUUAUGAUACUGCGGAAGAGGCUGCACUAGCUUACCAGAGAAAGAAGCUUGAAUUCGACACCCUCUCUAUACCGGGGAAGAACAACACUAGUUGCCAAGACUUGACUGAUCCUUCUUUCUGGGUUCCAUCCCCUUCGUCCGUGCUCGAUGCUCCCAGUUCUUCAUCAUCCGGUAAUCGCCACGAAGAAUUAGCCCCAGAACGACUUGGCGAGGACAAGGUGCGGGUAUUGGGCAAUACGGGAUUAGAGCCGCAGUUAGAUGACGAUUCGUGCAUCCGGGAGUUGUUACUAGACCCAGUGCCAUCAAUGUCAAUCACUGAGGAGUUUGAUUGGGGCGGCUGGGACGAGAAUUUGCUGCUACGGGAUGAAUCUGACGAUGGCCUUCAUGACGGAAUCAUGGGAAUCAACGAGAAUCUUCGCAAGAGAUUGAGUUUGGUGGGGACAAGAUGGGUGUUCUUGCGAACAUCGAUAUCAAUCUAGACAAGGAGGAGCUUGCUUGGAUUGAUGAUGCACUGAAUUCACCAUCCUAGUAACGUUGUUGCACAUUAGGACUUCUGCUUGCCUUUAAUAUGGUUUUGGUAGAGCAUAUACCAAAGGAGAUCUUGACUCAGGGCGAGCCGUCAGAUCGCCGAAUCGCCAAUUCUUCAAGACUCUCAGGUGAAAAAUUUUGACAGUUUUACUAUAGAUGGUAUGUUCUCUUGAAAUGCAUAUGGAUCUCGGAGGAAGAAUUCCUCUGAUAGUUACUGGUUUGCCUAU